UCAACAUGAGUGCGCUGACAGCUAGAGAACGCCAUUGCAUUUUAUAAGUCCUCCAUUUGUACAUAAAUAUUGUAAUUUUGUGCAAUAAAUUUUAUAAAUAAUAGUGAACAAAGUGGGGUAAAGAAGUGCAGGUGUCAUAAUAAUGAAACUGGUCAUUCUUCUUCUGCUGUAUGAUCUAAGAUGGCUGUCGGCUGCCCUGAUAUACCAUGAAGGGUCUAUAAAAGAAUUCGGUGCAGAAAUCAGCGAUAACUCCAACUCAUUUGGUUAUAGCGUCACUUUUACACCAGAUAAUAAAAGAUUAAUAGUAGGAGCACCAAAAGCCAACGACGUCGGUGCGUUGUUUACCUGUGACAUAGAAAUAAGAAACUGCACGCAAAUCAGCACUAAUGUUGAUGCACCUAAAGAUUUCCAUAUUUGGUUGGGGGCCAAUGUGAAAGCCGGAACUGACUUUUUUGCGACUUGCGCUCCUCGCUAUUAUAAUAAAAAUAAUUUUGGUAUCUUCAGCCGCUGUUAUAAAUAUAACACAAAGAAUAAUGCUUUUAUAAAAUUAAAAGAGAAACAUGUGUGGUCAAAGAUAUUUCAAGACUCCAUGCUAACUUUAGGAUGGAGUAUGGAUGUCGACACCAAUGAUAAUAUUUUGGUCGGCGGCCCAGCUAUGUAUAAAGGUCGCGCUGCUGUAUAUAUCAAGCAAAACAGUCCCCUGAUAAUACAAUACGAAAAAAUUCCGACAAAUUUUGGUUAUAGUGUAUUAAAUAGAAUAUACCAAAACAAAAAAGAAAUUUUGGUGUCUUCCACCUACGGCCAUCAUGGAUUCGGAAUGGUCUUAUUUCGUGACUUCAAAACCGGUGCUAUAAUGAGGGAGAUUCGAGGGAAGCAAGUUGGUGCGAUGUUUGGUGCGUCCUUGUGUGCCGUCAGCGUAGGACCCGGUGGACAGUCAGUGUUGCUGGUUGGGGCUCCGACGUAUGCACUCCAGGAAAUGUACAACACUGGUGCUGUAUUCGUUUACAAGGAUAUUGACACUAACAUCUACAGAGAAGUCUUGGGCAAUAGUAAUAAUGGUCAUUUUGGAUAUGCUUUAGCCAAUCUUGGUGACCUCAACGGGGAUAAGAAAGAUGAUAUAGCAAUAUCGGCUCCUUACGAAGACGAAAACCGUGGAGUCGUGUACAUAUACUCUGCGGCACACCUUCUGGAUCGGGACAAAGCCGCCCCAUAUCUGCAAAGGAUAACGAGUGAAAAAUACCAUUCGUUCGGACUUAGUCUCUACGCGCUCCCGGAUUACGAUCAAAAUGGGUGCAAAGAACUGGCGAUUGGUGCGCCGCAGAGCAAUACGACUGUGUUGUUGCGGUGUCUGGCCACCGUCACAGUCACCGUUAAGGAGUUGAAGCCGAGAGGCAAAUUAAGUAUUACAACUGGAUUUGCAUCGUUUAUGUUUGAAUCGUGUUUGUCUUUUCAAUAUCCCAAACUGCCGGAAACUAUAAACGCAACUUUUUCGGUGCAAGUAAACAUACCAAACCUGAAAAUCGAAAUAUCGGAAACGAGCAAGAUGAACACUAUCACUUACAGAGCCAGCGUAACGUCAGACAAAAAGGAGGAAUAUUGCCAAAAUCUAACUGUUUCUACUCCACUUGACGCGCCAUACGAACCAACAAUGUAUUACCAAAUUUCCGCAAUUCUUCUCGACGACCCGAGAGACGUGGAGACUUUCUCGCCGUCUCGCGUGACCACCAGCGACCUGAGCGUGCUGACCGUACCUGGCACCGCGUGGUUAGGAGAAUGUAUGAAUAUCGCGAAAUGCAUACCAAAAUUGGAUAUGAGCGUUCGACUUUCUAUACCAACAAGCUCGCCGUACAUCGUCGGGUCUACUGAUCAGGAAACCGUAAGGAUAUCCGUGAAAAGCGAGGGAGACCCGGCGUACAGCACAUGCAUUCGAGUGUACCUGAAAAGAAUCAACCUACACAGUAUGCCUAAUUCGUGCGUGUUGCCACCUGCUGGAGGAAACGAGACACUAUUAUGCAGGCCAAUUAAACUGCUGCGAAAUAAAACAACAUGGGAUAUCGAUAUAAAACUGGACACUAAAUCGAUCGAGAGCGAUUCAGAUGAAGGGGACAAAGAUUUUCAAAUAAUCGCGCACCUGUAUGACGAUUGCAGUGCCAAUAUUACCAAUGAGAAGGCCGAGCUUGUGCCGCUAAAAAGAGAUAGCGCACACGUGGUCGGUAAAGGAGUUAUAAAACAUGGCGGUAUGAUUAACAUCACAAGAGACGAAAUAGAAACUUCUUCAAAACAAAUUCAGCACACAUAUAUUAUAAAUAAUAAAGGGCCCACUACGUGGCACACGUUGAGAGCUAUUGUAACACUUCAAAAAGAGUUCUUUCUUGACGGGAUUUCUCCAAUUUCUAACCCAGAUUACGAAUGUACGCAACACGAGGAUACUGAUAACGAGUAUGUUAGCAAUUGUGAAAUAUUUACAUUGAAAGGGAACCAGAAGCAAGAAAUUGUUCUUGCGAUUGAUAUAUUGCCUAAAAUAUUUGAAACUUUAAAAAAUAAACAGCUAAAAGUAACAUCGCACUUGAAACUGUUUGUUGAUGGAGCUGAGAAAUCUGCCAGUGUCGUCAGCACGCUCCGUUUCUACGAGAUCAAAGUCGAAACGUGGAUUCUUGUGGUGGCAGCCUUGUUCGGAGUGGUCAUCAUCAUGAUCGCAGCCUUCAUAUUGUACGAGUGUGGUUUCCUGAGAAGAAAGAAGAAGCAAGAUUUAAGAGAGCUGAGAAAAAAUGUCCUGAGGCAGAGUGUGAGACGUUCCACCGUUAUACAACAUAAUGUGAAGGACAAUUCAGAACGGGAGAGACUUAUUAAAGAAGAAAAAUCUUCAACCGAAGAAGGUCCAAGUACAUCCAAUAAUGCUGAAGUAAACGAAGAAUUUGUUAAGAAAGAAAAGGAAAUAAACAACAAAGCCGAUGAAAUUGAAAUACAGGUCGAUGACAAAGACAAGAAAGAUCAAGGCGCAAAAAGUUUAGAUUCGGUUGAAUGUUUUAAAACUGAGAUUAAGAAAGGGAAGAAAAACGAUCCAAUUGCAAAUAUAAUAAUCGGUGGACUUCAGAAAAACAUUCGUCGAAGAGACGUCCAACCUGAUGCAGACAACAAUCUCUAGUGGUUUUUAUAUGAUUAUGUAAUAAUAGAAGAUGUGUGUCUAUAAAUGGGUAUUUGUUAAAAUAAAUAUUUGUGAUGAAGCUUCUCUCA